AUGAACGAGGAAGAGCAAAAGCCCUCCACUCAAAGUGUCAAUAAGAGGACAUGGACCUCCAAACUUGCUGCAGGUGUCUCGACUGGAACAAACAUUGAUGUACGUCGGCCCAUAACAAGACCGACGCCUCCCCAGCAUCAGGGCAAUGAAGACAAAAGAAUCAUGAUUCGGCUAGAUCGAGAACAUGAAGCUCUGAAAGCAGACCAGAUUUUACUCCGCCAACAAGUCCAAGACUGA